GCACCCCCCUCCAUCCACCUGCUUUACAGCCAGUUCCUUGUAUCUCGCACCCCACUCCAUGCCGUCAAUAUGCCUGUUCAUCUGCAUACAGUUUCUUCUUUCGGCCUCGCCCUUCGAUCUCUUGAUGCACGCUUAGAUACCACCAGCAGCACAUGGUCGAUCCUCGCCUCGGACCCAGCUCGCCAGUCGCUCUGCGAAAAAAGUUAUAUAUCCACCCUCCGUCUGUCCCUUCAUCUGUCAACAUCUUGUCCCAGAGCCAACUCCCAAAGCCAAAACCCCCUCUGCAGUGACAAUGGAUACUCCUCCUGAGAAGCAGAUCAUCGAAGAAAGACUUGGCCCUGAGGCUGCACGCUCGUACUCGGUUCACGAAGCUCCCCUUGACGCCACUCCAAAGUCAAGAUGGGAACGAACAUGGCCUGUCAUGGCCUGCGGUGCAGGACUAUUCUCUGAUGGCUAUCUCAAUGGCGUCAUCGGAUCGGUCAACACCAUGCUCAAGACGAUUUACAAGGACGAGUACACCAAAUCCGAUGCCCAGAACAACGUGGCCUCGAUUGCCUUCGCUGGCACAGUAUUGGGCCAGCUGGUCUUCGGUUAUCUGUCUGACCAUUGGUCUCGCCGACACUCACUCCUGAUUUCCACCAUCAUCCUGAUCGUCUUCGCUGCACUGGGUGCAGGUUCAUACGGCGCUGGCGGCAGCAUCCAAGGCCUCUUCGCCGCAUUGGCAGCCUACCGCUUCCUUCUUGGUGUUGGUAUCGGAGGAGAAUACCCAGCCGGCUCAGUCGCGUGCGCGGAGAGCACCGGUGAACUCAAGCACGGCCACCGCAACCGAUGGUUCAUCUGCUUCACCAAUCUGGCCAUUGACGUUGGUUUCGUCGUGGCAGCCUUCGUGCCCAUGAUCCUGGCCCUGAUCUUUACCGAUAAACACCUCCGCGCUGCCUGGCGUAUCGCAUUGGGCUUGGGCGUCAUUCCCCCCUUGUCGCUCCUCUGGCUGCGGAUCAAGCUGCAAGAACCCGAGGAAUACCACCGCAACAAGAUGAACCACUACCCAUACUGGCUGAUCCUCAAGUUCUACUGGUGGCGUCUGAUCAUCGUCUCCCUGAUCUGGUUCAUCUACGACUUCUCCACUUAUUCCUUCGGCAUCUACUCUUCCUCAUGGCUGGCCUUCCUGCUCCCUGCCGAUGCACCCCUCUGGAAAUCCUUUGGCUGGAACACCGUCAUUAACCUGUUCUACGUUCCCGGUGCCAUCAUCGGCGCUUUCCUUUCCGACUGGAUCGGCCCCAAGUACUGCCUCGUCACCGGUGUCUUACUGCAGGGCAUUGUCGGCUUCAUCAUGACCGCCAUCUAUAAGCACCUCGACCAGGCCUCCCAUGUCGGCGGCUUUGUUGUCAUCUAUGGCAUCUUUCUUGCCCUCGGCGAGAUCGGCCCUGGUGACAACAUCGGCCUAGUCGCCUCCAAGACCUCGGCCACCUCGGUCCGUGGCAUGUACUACGGUUUGGCUGCGGCCUGCGGCAAGAUCGGCGCCUUCGUCGGCAAUUACAUCUUCCCGGACAUCAUCAAGGCCGCCGGCGACAACGUCAUCAAGCAGGGUCAAUAUCCCUUCUACGUCUCCAGCGCCCUGUGCAUCUUCUCCGGCCUCGUUGCCCUGUUCUGCCUGCCCAAUAUCGGCCAAGACACCAUCACCAAGGAGGACGAGCGCUUCCGGGACUACCUGAUCAAGCACGGCUACGAUGUUGCCUCUCUCGGCACCAAGAAGUAUCACGAAGAGAAGGUCGUGGCCGUCGAGAGGGCACAGGAGCUGUAAAGCAAAGUUCACGCUUCGCACGUGAAAUCUUUCUGUUAGCGAGUUAUGAAGCGCUGGGAUUGGAACUAGGAGCUGGUCUUGAAGCGUCGUAUGUAUGCGUCCGCCGUGAGCGAGUGCCUCGUGCGAGUACGAGUAUGAAGAUAGACAAGAAGCCAUGGUGACGAGAGCCCAACAGAGAGCAGAAAUACAUUUUGUUCGCCUAA